AAAAGCACCACCGAUAAGUCUUCAAAGCCAAAACAAAAAAAAUAACAUUGCUAAGAAGGCAGAAAGCACAAAAACAGAGCGAGAGAGAGAGAGACCUAAUGGCGGAGACAGAAGAAGUGAAGCUUUUGGGGAUAUGGGCGAGCCCUUUUAGCCGGCGGAUCGAGAUGGCUCUCAAACUCAAGGGCAUAAAGUACGAUUACGUGGAAGAGAAGCUGGAGAACAAAAGCUCUUUGCUUCUUGCUCUUAACCCUGUCCACAAGAAGGUACCUGUUCUUGUUCACAAUGGUAAAACCAUUCUCGAGUCUCUAGUAAUUCUUGAAUACAUCGAUGAGACUUGGCCUCACAACCCAAUUCUCCCUCAAGAUCCUUACGAAAGAUCCAAAGCUCGGUUCUUUGCUAAACUCAUCGAUGAACAGAUUAUAAAUGUGGGUUUUGUAUCAAUGGCAAAAGCGGAUGAGAAAGGAAGAGAAGUGUUGGCCGAGCAGGCAAGAGAACUGAUUAUGUAUCUUGAGAAAGAACUUGUCGGAAAAGAUUACUUCGGCGGCAAGAGUGUCGGAUUCUUGGAUUUAGUCGCCGGAAGUAUGAUCCCGUUUUGUUUGGAGAGAGGUUGGGAAGGAAUAGGAUUGGAAGUGAUUACAGAGGAGAAGUUUCCAGAGUACAAUAGAUGGGUGAAGAAUCUGGAGAAGGUUGAGAUUGUUAGAGAUUGUAUUCCUCCAAGAGAGAAACAUGUUGAACACAUGAACUACAUGGCAGAGAGAGUAAGAUCUUCUUAAUUCGAGGAGGAAACAAAUCAUCUUCUUAAGUCAUUUGAUCAGUCCGAUGUUGUAAUUUAAGUCUUUGAUUAUCACAUGCAUGUUUCAAUGUUUUUAAUUAAGAUGAUAUCGUUGUUAUUGUUCUGUUAUAUAUUAUGUGGCUAAGACUUAAGAGGGUGAAGAUUGAUCAACCUUAUCCUUUUAAUUAGACAA